AUGUCCUUCUUCAAUUUCCGUAAGAUCUUCAAGUUGGGAAGCGAGAAGAAGAAAAAGCAGUACGAGCAUGUGAAGAGGGACCUUAAUCCCGAGGAGUUUUGGGAAAUUAUAGGCGAGCUGGGCGACGGAGCGUUUGGGAAAGUGUACAAGGCUCAGAAUAAAGAGACCAAUGUUUUAGCAGCUGCAAAGGUGAUUGACACCAAAUCUGAAGAAGAACUUGAAGAUUACAUGGUUGAGAUUGAUAUAUUAGCAUCUUGUGAUCACCCAAAUAUUGUCAAACUCCUGGAUGCCUUCUAUUACGAGAAUAAUCUUUGGAUCCUCAUUGAAUUUUGUGCAGGUGGAGCAGUGGAUGCUGUGAUGCUUGAACUUGAGAGGCCAUUAACUGAGUCGCAAAUACAAGUAGUUUGCAAACAGACUUUAGAGGCACUAAACUACCUACAUUAUAAUAAAAUCAUCCACAGAGAUCUAAAGGCGGGCAACAUUCUUUUUACCUUAGAUGGAGAUAUUAAAUUGGCGGAUUUUGGAGUAUCAGCUAAAAACACAAGGACAAUUCAGAGGAGAGAUUCCUUUAUUGGUACACCCUAUUGGAUGGCUCCUGAAGUAGUCAUGUGUGAAACAUCUAAGGACAGACCCUAUGACUACAAAGCUGACGUUUGGUCCCUGGGUGUCACUUUAAUAGAAAUGGCUGAGAUAGAACCACCUCAUCAUGAAUUAAAUCCAAUGCGAGUGUUGCUAAAAAUAGCAAAAUCUGAGCCCCCUACAUUGGCACAGCCUUCAAGAUGGUCUUCAAAUUUUAAGGACUUCCUAAAGAAAUGCUUGGAAAAGAAUGUGGAUGCCAGGUGGACUACGUCUCAGCUAUUGCAGCAUCCCUUUGUUACUGUUGAUUCCAACAAACCAAUCCGAGAACUGAUUGAUGAAGCAAAGGCAGAAGUAACAGAAGAAGUUGAAGAUGGCAAAGAAGAAGAUGAUGAUGAGGAAACAGAAAAUUCUCUGCCAAUACCUGCAAGUAAACGUGCCUCAUCUGACCUUAGUAUUGCCAGCUCUGAGGAGGAUAAACUUUCACAAAAUACAUGUAUUUUGGGAUCUGUCUCUGAAAAAACAGAACGUAAUACUGUUGAAGAUAAAUUAGGCAGAAAAGUUGAUGAUGAAAAACCCACCACUGAUGAAUCUAAAAAAGCAGUGGAGGGUAUUGAUGAACUUAUUAAUGAUGGUCCUUCAGAAGCUAUGGCGGGACUCCAAAAUAGAGCAGUACUAAUUGAGGAGAAUGGGAAAGAAGCAAAGAGACCCAAGGUUGAAAAUCUGCCUGACACAGAAGACCAAGAAACCAUGGAUCUCAAGUCAGUCACUAGAGGAAAAGAAAAUAAUGUAGUCUUAACUUUAGAAACAAAUACUGAACAUAAUCUGAAACCUGAGGAAGAAAGAGAUCAGGAAAAAUCAACAUUUGAAAAUAAUCUUAUAAAAUCUAAAGAAAUUAAAGAUACAACUCUUCAAACAAUGGAUUUAGUUUCUCAAGAGACAGGAGAAAAAGAAGCAGAAAUUCAAGCAGUAGACAAUGAAGUUAAGCUUACAAAGGAAGAUAAAUUGGGAAAAGAUGACAAAACUCAAAAAAUGAUCAGUGAUAUUAGCAGUGUGGUAGGAACAAAUGAGAUAGUAAAUGUCUUUCAGAAGACUGUUGAAAACAAAGCUGAAGUUGCUCCCGGAAAUGAUGGUGAAGUGUUUGAAACAGACCAGAAAUUAAUAAGUAUGCCCAAGAAGGGCCCUGAGGCUGAUGGUGCUGAGGAGGUUCCUUUUAAAGAAACAUGUGAAACUAGUAAGACAGAUCAAAAAUCUUUAGAAGAUAAAAAGAAGGAACCAUUAGUCAACAGUUCAGAGAACAUAAUAGAGACCAAUGAGGAAUCAGGGGUGAGUGAAAUUGAGGAAAUUACUGAAUCAGGUAGCAUUGAAGAAAUAGAGGUCGGAAGUGCAAUGAUUCAUAUUGAUCAGAAAACUUUAGGAAAUGAAACUGGGGAUGCUCAUAAAGCCACUACUCACAUAGAUAGAAAACAAAAAGAGAUUCCAUGUGAAGUGCCGAUUCAAACAGAACCUCAAGUUACUGCUACUUCACAGGCUAAUGAGCCUCAACCUGUUUCAGUACCUAGCAUUAAUGUCAACUCUGAAGAUGCAGAAAAUAAUGAAGAAAUUGGUGCUUUAUCAAAAACUGAACCCGUGUUGCUACCAGAAUCUGAGAAUCAAAAGGAAAAUGAUACUGAUUCAGGAACUGGUUCCACUGCAGAUAACAGCAGCAUUGACUUGAAUUUAUCCAUCUCUAGUUUCCUAAGCAAAACUAAAGACAGUGGGUCAAUGUCUUUACAAGAAACAAGAAGACAAAAGAAAACAUUGAAGAAAACACGCAAAUUUGUUGUUGAUGGUGUAGAAGUGAGUGUAACAACAUCAAAGAUAGUUACAGAUAGUGAUUCCAAAACUGAAGAAUUAAGGUUUCUUAGACGUCAGGAACUUCGGGAAUUAAGAUUUCUUCAAAAAGAAGAGCAAAGAGCACAACAGCAGCUCAAUAAUAAACUGCAGCAACAACGAGAACAAAUUUUCCGGCGCUUUGAGCAAGAAAUGAUGAGUAAAAAGCGACAAUAUGACCAAGAAAUUGAGAAUCUAGAAAAACAGCAGAAACAGACUAUUGAACGUCUAGAACAAGAACACACAAAUCGUUUACGAGAAGAAGCCAAACGCAUUAAAGGAGAACAGGAGAAAGAGCUGUCCAAAUUUCAGAAUAUGCUAAAGAACCGAAAGAAGGAGGUUGUAAAUGAAGUGGAGAAAGCACCCAAAGAGCUGAGAAAAGAGCUCAUGAAACGCAGGAAAGAGGAGCUUGCACAAAGCCAGCAUGCUCAGGAACAAGAGUUUGUUCAGAAGCAACAACAAGAAUUAGAUGGCUCUUUGAAAAAGAUCAUCCAACAGCAGAAGGCAGAGUUAGCCAAUAUUGAGAGAGAGUGCCUGAAUAAUAAACAACAGCUCAUGAGAGCUCGAGAAGCUGCAAUUUGGGAACUUGAAGAAAGACACUUACAAGAAAAACACCAAAUGCUAAAACAGCAACUUAAAGAUCAGUAUUUCAUGCAAAGACAUCAGCUUCUUAAGCGCCAUGAAAAGGAAACAGAACAGAUGCAGCGUUACAAUCAACGACUUAUUGAGGAAUUGAAAAACAGACAGACUCAAGAAAGAGCAAGACUGCCCAAGAUUCAGCGCAGUGAAGCCAAGACUCGAAUGGCCAUGUUUAAGAAAAGUUUGAGAAUUAACUCCAUAGCCACACCAGAUCAGGACCGUGAAAAAAUUAAACAGUUUGCUGCUCAAGAAGAAAAGAGGCAGAAAAAUGAGAGAAUGGCUCAGCAUCAAAAACAUGAAAAUCAAAUGCGGGAUCUUCAGUUGCAGUGUGAAGCCAACGUCCGAGAACUGCAUCAGCUCCAGAAUGAAAAAUGUCACUUAUUAGUUGAACAUGAAACUCAGAAACUAAAGGAGUUAGAUGAGGAACACAGCCAAGAGUUAAAGGAGUGGAGAGAGAAAUUGAGACCUAGGAAAAAGACACUGGAAGAAGAGUUUGCCAGGAAGCUGCAGGAACAGGAAGUAUUCUUCAAAAUGACUGGGGAGUCUGAAUGCCUUAACCCUUCCACACAGAGCCGGAUUACCAAAUUCUAUCCUGUUCCAAGUUUGCACUCCACUGGGUCGUAA